CUUUUCAGAUUGAUGAAUCAAAACCCCUGACAGCGAUUGAAAUACUGGCAGUGCAGAUUAGUCCUUUCUACUGAACACUUGCACUUCUUUAACUCGGGUUCGCCCCUCGACAUGGAUCCCCACGAAGCGCCAUCGCCCUCAAUCAGCCGAGGACGCGUCUUCGAGUCCGGUGCUCCAGGCGACGGGGAGACGGGAGAAAUGGAUUCCCAAGUUCCUUUGAUGAACGAAUUCUCCAUGGUCAAUGUUCCGCAUUCCGAUUUCGAAAUCCCACCUCCUGAAGGCGAAGUUCCACCUGCCAUUCUCGAGACGCAGCCGAUCGGGAAGGAACAAUAUGUCUUCCAUUUCAUCCACAGUCUAACAUACUACAUGAUAUUCUUCCUUUUUGUUUCAUCAUAUGUCGGCAUCCGUCGAUAUGAAGGAAACCGAAUACAAAGGGAAUUGACAGCCGAGGCGAAGGAAUGGCUGGAACGACUCCCGACUGUUCCUCGGAUAAAUGAAACUAGGAGCAUUUUCAUUACUGGGUUUCGGCGGAGCGGCUCGUCCAUCACAGCCAGGAUCUUGUCAUCACAUCCUUCUGCCAUAUACUUUUUCGAGCCCCUCAUGUCAUUCAUGGACAUAAAUGAUGAGGUACCCUUCGACGGAGACGUUUUGAAAAGGCUCAUUCACUGCAAAUUCCAGGGAACGAUCCCACGUCUGUCGGUAUAUCGCUUCCUGGCCUCUUUUCCACUUGGAAUAUUCCCAUACAAGGAAUUCCUCUAUGGAAUGAAAAUGGAAGCCAUGAAUCCUCUCCAAUUCUCACGGAUGGCGAGGAACGAAGCCUUCAUGGAACAACAUUGCUCCAGGCAUUCCAUCCGCGUCAUCAAGGAAGUGGAAAGAUUCCCAUUGCAUAAACUCGCUCCUCUAUUGAAGGAAGUGGAGGACAUGAGAGUCGUCCACCUUUGGAGAGAUCCCCUAUCCAUCUGGAAAUCCAGGUUGGACGAGUACUGGUGCUGCGGAUCGUGCCGAAACCUGACACAUGUCUGUUCUGUUGUGUCGAAGGAGUUGCGUGAAGGAUCGGACUUCUCCAAGGCCUUCCCCGGCCGGUACGUCGAAUUGCAUUAUGAGGACAUCGUCGAAAGACCUGUGGAAACGAUUGCGGCCGUGUAUUCCCGCCUCGGGAUUCCUUGGCACCAGUCAGUAGAGGAUUUCGUGAAAAAGCAGGCGAAGAAAAAGAAAAAAACCUCCACUCCAUCCGUUGAUAUCCCUCCGAUUUGCAUCACAGUUCGGAAAGAACUUAAACGACGGCGCCUGAAUGCCAGCAUGAUGAAGCACAGUCGUGACUCGGUAAGAAUUUCUUGAACUGCAUUUUCUUGCGAGCGGAGCAAAGUACCACGGAAGCAUGAAACCCACCAUAUUUCAUGGACAGUAUUAAACUCAUUAUCAUGGACGACUAAGACAGAGAGAAAGAGUUCGUGCCAGAGACUGCUAAAAGGAAUCGGUUCUAGAUUCGCAGCCGUGGUCAUCCUGUGAGUGGAAAUAUCCCUCUGAUGUGCUUUUCUCGAUGUUCUGGAGAGAC